AUGACAAGUUUAUCAAAGAAAACAAGCAUCCAGAACAACGAAACCUCUAAAGAUUGCAAGACGAAUGUAGAAGAAGCCAAAGUGCCGAACAAGAAUAGCAUUCGUCAGACUGAUAAACAUCAAAUCAUAAAUGACGCGGAAUUAGCAUCUAUUUUCGAAAUGGACACAACGCGUCGAAAAGCUAAAAUGAUCGCCAACGAAAAUCUUAAACACCAGCAAAUUGAAAAAUGUGAAGAAAAAUUAAAGAAAAAGAAAAAAACACCACCACCAAGACAGUGUUACGGCCCCGAAUGUGUAAGAGCAGCUAGAGACAAUUCCAAAUAUUGCAGUGACGAAUGCGGAAUAAGACUUGGUAAAAAUCGAAUUCUGGAGAUUCUUCCUACUAGAUUACAACAAAGAAAAAUUCUUCCAUGCGCAGCGGAUGAGUCGAGUAGACGAAAAUUAGCCCAUGUUAGACAACAACAAAAAAUAAUUCAGAAAAAGUUAGAACAGGUUGAUACGAAAAUUUCACAACUUUUACAAUUGGUGCAAAAAUCAAAAAGUUCCAUAAAGGACAUGGUUUAUUUGGAUGAUUUUGAAGAGGAAUGCUCUGCACUAGAUUGCAAAUUAUGUGGAGCUGAAAUUCCUACUCGAAUAAUAGUAAAACAUCUGGAGAGCUGUUACAAAAAACAAGAAAGAAGAUUACUGCUAACUGGAACAACAACAAAACCAGAUGAUGAAGAAUGGAAUAUCUUCUGCAAUCAGAAGAUGGGUCGACAAGGAUUCUGCAAACAACUGCGGGUUUUAUGUCCUUUCCACAAUAAGGAUACAAGAAAUGAAGACGAACCCUGUGGUUACCCUUUGCAAAUGAACUUGUCGCAAUGCGAAGGCAAAUUUUGUGGCCGCUCGAUUAAGAAUUGCUCAAGGCACCCAAGUUGCUGGGAAGACAUUUUCCGAGCGGAAUUUGACAUGGAAAAACUGCAGCUGCUUCAAAAACUCAGCGAACUGGAAAGGGAAGAAGUGCAGCUAAGAAGAGAUAUGGCGGCUAGAGGGAACCUCGUCGCACUCAUGUUGCACAACACUAUAGUGCACUAG